AUGGCCGACGACGAUCGCCGUACCAAACGCUCGCGGUUCGACCAAACUACUCCAGAGCCUCGACGCCAGUCGCGGUUCGACCGGCGUUCUCGAUCUCCUUCUUCGCGACAGUCCGAGGCUACUCGAACCCGGAGCCCCCUCAGUCGCGAGCCUCGAAGCCCCGGGGCUUCCAACAAGGCUGAUCCUGUCGCGGCAGCUGCUGCUGCCGCCGCCAAAAUCAACGCCCAGUUGCAGGCUAAAAAAGGAAUUCAACACGUCGAUGUACCGCCCAUUCGCUCCACGUCGAGCCCGUCCCAAUCCGCCACCCCAUCCGCCGGCGAUGCCAAACUGAAUGCCGAAAUUUAUGUUGCGGAUGGUGACUAUAUCAAAGACAUCGAAAUCAAUGACCUGCGCAACCGCUACACACUGACAAAGGGGUCAACGCAACAGAUGAUAACGGAUCAAACUGGCGCCGAUGUUACCACUCGAGGAAGUUAUUAUCCCGACAAGAGCAUGGCCACCGCAGCCAACCCGCCGCUGUACCUCCACGUGACAAGCACGAGCAAAGAAGGCCUCGAGAAGGCUGUCGAACUGAUCGACGAUCUCAUGAAGAGGGAACUACCCAACCUAGUGGAUGAACGACGAUUUCGCCGCCGGGAGCCAGAACAAGUCGAGCGCGACGAAUUUGGUCGCCGCAAAUGGCCCGAGGAAAAGAUCCCUAUCGGUUUAGAACCUAUCCCGGGUUUCAACCUCCGUGCCCAAGUCGUCGGACAGGGAGGUGCCUACGUGAAGCACAUACAGCAGAAGACGCGGUGCAAGGUUCAGAUCAAGGGCCGUGGCUCUGGCUUUAUGGAACAAAGCACUGGCAGAGAGAGUGACGAGCCAAUGUACCUUCAUGUUGCUGGUCCCGAUCCCAACGAAGUCCAAAACGCAAAGGAGCUAUGCGAGGAUUUGCUGGCCAACGUUCGGGAAAUGUACCAACGGUUUAAGGAAAACCCGCCUCAACAUAAUUACGGUGGCUAUGGGCAGCGCGGGGACCGCCACAACAACUACGGUGCGGGUGGAGGAGGCGGAGGCUACGGCAGUGGCUAUGGCAAUCAACAUCAACAUCAGCAAACCCCUCCCGCUUCAGCGAGCCCGUCUGGGUCAGGAACCCCGGCAGCUGCUACGAGUGCCGCCGACUACAGUGCGCAAUACGCCCAGUAUUACGGCUCCGAUCCCUAUGCUGCAUAUGGCGGUUACCAGAACUACGUCGCCUAUUAUCAGUAUUACCAGCAGGCUGCUGCCCAACAGCAACAACAACAGUCACAGAGUCCUGCUCCUCCCCCUCCCCCAGCAUCUGAAGCCCCUCCACCACCACCUGGGUCUGGUUCUCCUCCGCCCCCACCCCCACCUGGUGGCAGCUACAGUGCUGUUCCGCCGCCCCCAGGACUGUGA